GUUAAUUUCACCGCAAUCAACCAAGCACAAUCACGAUAGGUAUAUAGGGUAGCUUGCUCAAGUAGCAACCGCACAGCCACCCUCUGUCAACUCUCGGCUGCGAUACCGACGUACCCCGGCACUUGACGGAGCGCAACGGCGAUUCUACAUCUUGCUUUCGCUUCGGUGAAAGGGCAUUAUCAUCUCCAUCUCCAUCCACCAAAUCGAAUCCACCAUCUGUGGCUGACGCCCCUAGUUGCUGUUGCGACUUUUCCAUUCUUCGACGACAACGAUCGCAAUCGCGACAUCGACUUAGCGUACACUCCUGUUCACGACCUAUUAUCCAAGCAUCCAUCCUCCCGAGGCUCAAACUUGGACAAGGCCGCCCUUUCACGAUCGGAAACACCUGGGCGGCCCAUGUCAUCUUGACACACCUCCAUCUACUAUUUUCUGGAUGGCGCGCCAGUAAACCAGCCGCAUCAAGAUCACACCACCCGACUCAAAGAUGGCUCAACCACUGGCCGAUGCGGUCUUGGUUGCCGACCCAGAACCAGUGGCACACGCGCGACGACGAUUUUCUGGGACCAGUCAGCACAACAAAGCACCAUUUGGGUCCGCAGGCGCCAAUGCAGCAGAUCCAUCUUCCACACUCGAUCCCGAUACAUGUCGGAUAUGUAGGGGAGAAGCCACAGUCGAUGAGCCUCUCUUUUAUCCAUGCAAGUGCAGUGGCAGCAUCAAAUACGUCCACCAGGACUGUCUGAUGGAGUGGCUGUCGCAUUCUCAAAAGAAGCAUUGCGAGCUGUGUAAAACUCCGUUUCGCUUCACAAAGCUCUAUGACCGGAAGAUGCCAAAGAAACUCCCUUUUGUCGUCUUCAUCACACACAUAGUCAAGUACAUGGUCAACAACAUACUGGUGUGGCUUCGUGCGGGGCUCGUCGUCAGCAUCUGGCUCAUCUGGCUACCGUAUCUUAUGAGGUCAAUAUGGUCCUUGAUGUUCUGGAUCAGCGACGAGGGCUUCGGAAGUCACCACGGCCGGGAUAUCACACCCUCGGUUGUCUUGUCAGACAGGGUCUGCCCCGCAUCACCCAUAUUGAGCGUUGGAAUGUGUCCGGCCAGUCCUCUAACUGCAUCAAUGAUGCCAGAGGGUGGAGGUGACUACUCCAUGACCUCGGUCGGUGCGGCCAAUUUCACCACUGUCAAUCCUGUCUACUCUACCUUUUUCCACCUUGUAUUCAUGACGGUGGGACUCUCGGAGAAGAUGAUUAUCAGCACUCUGGCAGAUCUAUCCUCUGUGGAUACAGCCAAAUCCGGACUAUCCAAUGGGCCGCAGUCACUGCUCAGCAAUGUGAGGUGGUUAGCGAAUCUAACAUCUCGUCCAUUCAUCAACAAAAAUGUCAUACAUGUUCUAGAGGGACAGGUCAUUACGGUGUUAGUCAUACUCAGCUUUAUCCUUAUCAUUCUCGUCAGAGAUUAUGUUGUGCUGCAACAGCCUGAGAUUAAUAUGCGGGCUGCAUUUGCCGCCGUCGAGAAUCAACAACCCCCUGUCGGUGUAGCGCAAGCGGUACCUCCACCCGCCCCGGUAUUACCGCGGCAACAUCUCGAAAACCCGGCUGCUGGCCUACGCGCAGAAGACAUUGAUCAACUUGCAGGUCCAGAAGCAGAAGAAAUCGACGGCGGUCAAACUGAGCCAUGGACAGACACUCCAUUUGACUUGGGCGAGAUUGGCGAACGGCCUGCCGUUGAGGCUUUUGAUGGCCCGUCAAAUCAUUUCUCGGGUGACCCUGUUCGACCAUCCACUCCCCUUCUCCAACGCCUUGACCCGAGUCUAUCCGACGGAGACGCAGACGUAGCCUCCUCCGUAGUGGCUGCAUUUGGUUCGGAGGGAUCUCGAACUCCGCUUACUUUCCAGGAGCGACUCGAUCUUGGUGGUGCAGCAGCAUCGGACUCUGACCCCUACGUUGUGGAGCCCCUGUCAGUUAAGGAGUAUACAAAAGUUUUUCAUGAGGCUCAAGGGGAUGUCGAGCGCAUGAGGGAGAUUUUCCGUGGCCAAGGAUUGGAGGAGAGAGCCGAAUCAUGGUUAAGGCUCGGUCAAAUUCGCCUCUCAGAUCAGAGGCCAGUGCCAGGCCCAUCGUCAAAUGACUCGAAUUCCGAGGAAUCUCAGGAACAAGAAGGCACUGCAGAAAAUCCCGGGGCCGCAUCUCCGGCAGAUUCACUCAUGUCAGACUGGACGAUGCCCAACACUUCGCAAGAAGGAGGCUCAGCCUCGGCGGAGAAAGGCAAACAAAAAGCAGUAGAGGCGACACGUGCCCCAGCGAACCAAUCUACACCAGUUGAACCUAACUCUGGAUUAUCACAAGGCAUUGACAGGACCUGGGACGAUGACCCUUUUAUUAAUAACCACCCAAUGAGGCCGCGGGCCAACACGGAUGGUCAAUAUCGUUCUGAAGGCGUCAACCCGCUUGCCAACAACAGCUGGGUCUUUCCGCAGUCGUUGCCAGACCCCCCUCAGGCAUCGGAAGAGCCUCACUUGGAAACAGAGUCGAUCGCUGGCCCAUCAGCCGCCGAUGACACUUCGACACCAAACAUCCAAGCUCAAGAGCCACCCAGGUGGGAGCCCGAAAACCGGCAAGAUGAGCAUGUUGCACAAGGUCGUGGAUGGAACGAUUUGCAAGACUUCAACGACAUACCAGCAACACGCGCGGCCGAACCUGCUCCGCCACCACAGCCGGCCGGGAUCGUGGGCACCAUUGCGAAUUUUAUGUGGCAUGGCGUGGACGCAACCGACAUUGCUGAACAACCUGACCUACGUCAUGUACACGAUGGUAAUGGCCAUGUGCAGCCACCAGACCUUGACCAACCACAAGGAGACGACAGUGACCUGGAUCUGGAUGAAGACGAGGACAGCGAUAGCGAAGACGAAGAUGAGGACAUUGGUGAGGCCGUAGGACAGAAUCCAAUCUUUGCCAUGGCUCAACCGCAAGCCGAUGCAGCAGCCGAUGCCGCGGCCAUCGACCCUGAAGCCAUCGAUGACGCCGAGGAUUUUGAGGGCGUCAUGGAACUUCUUGGUAUGCGCGGGCCUAUUGGGGGCCUCUUCCAAAACGCUGUCUUUUGUGCCUUUUUGGUGUCAGUAUCCGUUUUUGUGGGCAUCUUCCUACCAUAUAACCUGGGCCGCAUCUGCGUCUGGAUCUUGGCAAACCCGAUGCGCCCUCUCAACAUUCUCUUGAGCACCGUCAAGUUUGUACAGGACUUUGCCAUGGCGGUCGUAGGCUUAUUGAGCUGGGCGGGUCUACGUAUCACCUACACCAUUCUGUCAGGCCUCGAGAUGCUUAUACCAGCAAUGAAAGGGAUGGGCUUGUCGCGAGAAUACGUCAUGCCGGUCGUGCGCACGACAUACUACUUGGCUAGAGAUUCGGCUCGUAGAGUCUCAUCCAGCUUCGCAGUUGAUACAUCUUUGAUCACCACCAGCGAGAUACGCAAUUUUUCAGCCAUCAGUCACGAGGCUCUCAUUUCAUUAAAGACCAACGUGGCUUGGUCGGCAAUGUCAAUUGUCAACGUUGUGAUGUUCGUCUUUGGUGGUGAUUAUGCCACCAAGGCAGCUAAGACCGUUUCAUUCGUGGGCAACAUGACUGGUGCGACUGUGGAAAUUCUCAAAGGGGUGCCCGCUGUGCUCACAAAUCCGAGUUCUUGGGUCAUCAACAUCAACCCUGCGGAACCAACCCAAGCUGUCAGCCCUGCUUUGGCCCACUGGGGCGGAACUGACAGGUUCUGGGCUACGUUGGUUGGCUAUCUGGUGGUGUGCCUCGUUGCAGCGAUAUAUUUGCAUCAUGGUCGACCCCUGAGCUCCAGCCAGGCUGGCCAAGAGCGCGAAGCUUCCCUCAUUGACGCGUUGAACCAGGGGAGUGGUGUGAUGAAGGUGAUAUUAAUCAUCGGCAUUGAGAUGCUUAUAUUCCCUCUCUACUGUGGCUUGCUCCUGGACGUGGCGCUUCUUCCGCUCUUUGAGAACACCACUAUGAAGUCGAGACUACUCUUUACCUACAACUUCCCGCUCACUUCCCUCUUUGUGCAUUGGUUCGUUGGCACGGGGUACAUGUUUCACUUUGCCCUCUUCGUUUCCAUGUGCCGCAAGAUCAUGCGCAAAGGUGUAUUGUAUUUUAUCCGGGACCCUGAUGAUGCCGAAUUUCAUCCUGUCCGAGACGUACUGGAGCGGAAUGUCGCAACUCAACUCCGCAAAAUUCUUUUUUCCGCCUUCGUGUACGGUGCUCUGGUCAUAGUGUGCCUGGGAGGUGUGGUUUGGGGACUGUGGGCCUUCCUGCCCAACGUGCUCCCUAUUCAUUACUCGUCGAACGAGCCGGUGCUCGAGUUUCCGAUCGACCUACUCUUUUACAACUUCCUCAUGCCCCUCGCACUCAACUUUUUCAAGCCGAGCGACGGUCUGCAUGAAAUGUACACGUGGUGGUUCCGAAAAUGCGCCAGAGCGUUACGCAUUACGUGGUUCCUGUUUGGGGAACGCAAAGUUGACGAGGAAGGGAUCUUGGUGCUUGCGCCCGACUCGGAGCAUCUUCGCCUUCCUCUCUGGCGCAGGCUUUUCUUGGAGUUAGAUGAGGCAGGCCAAGUCGUGCCUAGGAGAUGGAAAGGACUUUUCGAUGAGGGCAAAAGCAAGCCAGGCCCAGAGAUCACAAAGGAGGAGAUGAGGGCCUUCAACAAACAGAGGGCAUCACUUAUCGAGUCCAAGCAGCUCAUCGCAGAUGGCCGGUUCGUGCUCACUCCGGCGUCUGAUCAAGUAAAGAUCCCCAAAGGCAAGCAGGUCUUUUGGGAGGUGUCAGAAAACGAGGUUGGGACCGAAACACCAUCAGACGAGGCUGCGACCGGCCCACCAGAUCUGUAUACGUCAAAGCAGUAUCAGCUGGUGUACGUCCCGCCACAUUUCCGGGCUCGCGUCUUCCUCUUCAUCCUGUCCAUCUGGGUGUUUGCGGCCGUCACAGGCGUCAGCUUUACCAUCAUUCCGCUCAUAUUCGGCCGCUAUGUGUUCAAGAUGCUCAUCCCUACUUAUAUUCGCACAAACGACAUCUACGCCUUCAGCAUUGGCGUCUAUAUACUCGGAACUUUGGCGUAUGGGAUUUUGCAUUACGAAAGCCUCUGUUCAAAGGUCAAGAAACGGACAAGGGCCCUGGCUGCUGCCGCCGCUGAGAGUUCUGUGACCAAGAAAGCGAUUGGCCUCAUUGCGCACGGCCUUCGGCUGAUGUAUGCAUAUACGGUCGUCCUGAUCAUCUUCCCGCUCCUUGUUGCUUCGCUCAUGGAGCUUUACUGUCUCAUCCCGUUGGAUACAUACAUGUAUCUCGCCGUCUAUUCAGGGGCCGUCGCCGGCGACCCGUCGGCCAACAAAGCCCUACAGGAUACCGUCACUGUGGGCUCCUCGGACGAUCGGCACACGGUCCGUGUGGUACAGGCGUGGACCAUUGGCUUGUUGUACCUCAAGUUGGGGGCGCGAAUCAUCAAGGUGUGGCGGCCUGAUUCGCGGCCUGCCCUCGCCGUGCGAGCAGUCUUCCGUAGGGGCUGGCUUCACCCCAACGUUGGGGUUCUCACACGAGCUUUCCUGAUACCUGCCUUGUUAGUUUCGGGCGUGGCAAUCAUGGGGCCGCCUGCGGCCGCGAAUGCGUUUAUGUCAUAUACGGGCGUUGGCCUUGAGGAUGCGCGUAUGGCCAUUGUGGUCAGCCGGCUGAGUUUCCCAACUGCCGCGCUUAUGGCUUUGAUGGGGAGCUUGGCGUGGGCUACCAUGGAUGUGUUCAUGUCAUGGAGGGUGAGGAUUCGAGACGAGGCGUACUUGAUUGGAGAAAGGCUGCACAACUUUGGUUCUGGCGUGCCGCAACACAACCAUCACUCGGCUACGCAGAGUGGCGGAGUUGCGGGCGGAGCGGGGAGGGUAGCCUGGCGCGAAGGUAGAUAGAGACUGGCAGCCUUGGGAUUUGCACUGUGAUGCGGCGAAAAUGAUCAUCAUCUGGAACUUCAGCCAUUUCUUUUCUGCCAUCGUCCGUUUUGAUGAUACUGGCGUUGGGUCAGAUGAGGCGUUUGGGAUGCACUGACACUUCUUUCUUCUUUGUUUCUUUUUUUCUUUCUUUCCCGUUCCAGCCCUAUACUUGGCACAUGAACACUUCAUCUUCUGUCUUGGCAACACGCAUAUACGGAGCAAACAUCGGUUUGGAUGGCGGCGUUUAGGGUGGAACAAUGGUCUGUGGUUUUCUAUGCUGGGGUCCUAUGUUCACGUUUUUGUUUGAUACGCAAAGCAGGGUGAGUCGAAUUUUUACUUUGGUUUUUCAUUCGGGGGCUAUCAAACAGUGCAAUCAGCUACCAGACAAAAUCAGUUGCAAAUGGACUCACCGUAGAACCUUGGUUCGGUCAAUGACUAGAGCAAGC